UCCCGUGCCAUAAAUAAAUAAAAAAGUAAUUGUAAUAUUUUGUAAAUAUUAAAACAGGAGUUUUUCGAUUUAAAUGUUGAAAAAACAUAUAUAACAUACAAUUAUUGUCUAUUGACAAUAUAAAAUAAUGGAUCUCCCUCAAAAGUUUUCAGAUCUAUCAUUAGAAAAGAACAAUGGUCACAGUAAAAAGCGUGAUGAUUAUUUAGAUUGGCGAGAAUAUUUUAUGGCUACCGCUUUUUUGGCGGCAAAACGUAGUAAAGAUCCAAGUUUUCAAGUUGGUGCUUGUGUCGUGAAUAAGGAUAAUAAAAUAGUAGGCGUCGGUUAUAAUGGAAUGCCAAUAGGUUGCAGUGAUGAUGAAUUCCCAUGGGGAAAGAAUACUCCAUCACCAUUAGAUAGCAAAUAUCUGUAUGUUUGUCAUGCAGAAAUGAAUGCAAUAUUAAAUAAAAAUUCUGCAGAUGUGAAGGACUGUACAAUAUAUGUUGGACUGUUCCCUUGUAAUGAAUGUGCGAAAAUUAUAAUACAAUCAGGGAUAAAGGAAGUUGUAUACCUGUCUGAUAAGAAUGCUCACAAAUCGAUGUAUAUUGCUUCCAAGAAAAUGUUUGAUGCAGUGGGAAUUAAAUAUUGGCAAUUUAUACCAAGACAUGAAAAAAUUGAAAUCAAUUUUACUGGUAUUGACUGGGAUUGUAUGAGUCCAUCAAAAUAGACUAUAGAAAAAUUUAAGAAUCUUCAUGAUUUGAAGCAUAAUAAUUAUUGUGAUAUGCAAAAUAAUGAAACAAUAUUUGUAAAAUAAAAUUUUAUUACUUUAUGUACAAGUUGACAAACCCUUGGGGCAUGAAAGACUCCAAUUAACAUAAAAACAAUAACUCAAAUGUUAAUGGAAAAAUGUGAAACAAACAUUUACUACAAUAAAAGUAUAAUGUAUUAAUUAA